CCGGUGGACUAGAAACUCCCGCCAUUUCGACAAGGAAUUAACCUCUUACUUGAUCCAGGUUACUUUUUCGUAUUACUUACUAACGCUGUUAUCUGAUAACGAGAAGCUCCGACAGUACGAACAUGCAGCGAAUACAUUUGAUUCAACGAAAACGAGAGUAGUUUGCAAAGACUUGGGAGUGUACAACGCGCCAGCCCUCCCGCUGAACUGAGCUUUGCCUCUUGCCGCGAGUUUGAUUUCGGUGUGGUUUGCAUCCUUUCAUGUUCAUCUGGAGGAGCUAAAAGUUUACCAACUAUACCGAAAGACGAGUCCAGCAACCUGUGGUCCAUCUAAGACAUUGUGUAAAACCAGCAUGACACCGCUACAGGAGGAAAGAAGAAGGAUGCGAUGAAGCGGGUGGCAAUAAGCACACUGUUAUUGUUUUGCAACGAGAUAGCAAUCCGCCUACUAGCUAGUCAGUUAGCUGCUACACGUUGAGUGCCGGGCCUGCCGGCGGUAACGUGAGACGUGCUAAGAGAAUCCGGGACAGUUCUAUACAUGCUAAGGACAUAUUGGACAUAAUUGUACUAGUCUGUUGAUUUGAAGAUUGAUUUGUACCGUUGGCACCCGUGCCAUCUGUGGAUUUGAAAUGGCACCGCUUUUAGGCCGGAAACCUUAUCCACUGGCUAAGCCGCUAGCCGAACCACCAGGCCCGGGAGAGGAGGUCUACAUCAUCGAGCACACCAAGGAGGCCUUCAGGAACAAAGAAGAGUAUGAUGCACGCUUGCUGAAGUAUGCUGAGCGCAUCUGGACAUGCAAGAGCACUGGAAGCAGCCAGCUCACACACAAAGAAGCAUGGGAGGAGGAACAAGAAGUCACUGAAUUGCUUCAGGAGGAGUAUCCCCAGUGGUUUGAGAAGCCAGUUCUGGAGAUGGUCCACCACAACACAGUGUCUUUAGACAAGCUGGUUGAAAUGGCCUGGGUGGAAAUCCUCACCAAGUAUGCUGUGGAUGAAGAGUGUGACUUCCUGGUGGGGAAGGACAAAAGUUUGCCGGUGAAGGUAGUGAAAGUCCAUCCUCUAGAAAACCCAGAUGGUGAGACAGUGGAGAAGAAGCAUGAAGGUGCCUGUGACUCUCCAUCCAGUGACAAGGAAAAUGCAAGUCAGGAGAACCAGAGGAAGGAACUUCCUCCACGAGAGGAGGAGAACAGGAGGGAAAGCCUCAGUGACAGAGCACGGCGUUCACCAAGGAAACUCCCCACUGCAAUGAAGGAAGAGAAGAAGAAGUGGGUGAUGCCCAAAUUCCUCCCUCAUAAAUACGACGUGAAGCUCAUUAAUGAGGAUAAGGUGAUCAGUGAUGUCCCAGCAGACAGUCUUUACAGAACGGAGCGCCCUCCUACCAAAGAGAUCAUGCGCUACUUCAUCAGGCACUAUGCCCUGAGGCUGGGCAUGGGAGAGAGUGCUCCCUGGGUGGUUGAAGAUGAACUGGUGAAAAAAUUUAACCUGCCCAGCAAAUUCAGUGACUUUCUUCUUGAUCCACACAAGUUUUUAGCAGAGAAUCCCUCCGCGAAGCGCAAGAGCUUGACAUCUCCAGAGGGUAAACCUAGCAAGAAGCUCAAGACCUCUGACACACCAGGAGAGGAUUCAGGAAUUGAGAAGGGAGAGAAGAAAAGGAAAAAGAAGAAAGACGCGUUAGGCAUGCCUCUUAGUCCGACCAUUUGGGGCCACAUGCAGAAAAUAAAAAUGAAUGGCUCCCCACUCAAGGUCAAGAACUCGGGAACGCCAAAGAAAGGAGAAGGCAAAGGCUCAGCUCCCUCCACUCCAAAACCGGGUAGAAAAUCUGGGGAGAAGAAGGAAGGAAAGAAAACAGGAAAGAGUGGCGAUAAGAAACUCAACGUCCUCAAGGCCUCUAAAAAGGAUGGUAAAGCUGGUGCUAAGACGCCGAAGAUGAAACAGAUGACUCUGCUGCAUCUGGCGAAGAGCCCCCCUGCUGGGAGCCCAAAGAAGAGAGCCCGUAGUACGGGCAUGGGUACACCUAAACUAGGGAAGCCCCUGCACCCUAUGGCUCUCCAUCUCCUCCGUUACUAUAAGGAGAACAAGGGCAAAGAGGACAAAAAGAACUCCCUCUCUUCCCUCAUCUCCAAGGCUGCAAAGACCUUGUCCCCAGAUGAUCGGAACCGGCUGCCAGAGGAGCUCAAGGAGCUAGUGCAGAAACGCUGGGAACUACUGGAGCAAAAGAAGCGAUGGGCAGCCAUGAGUGAAGAGGAAAGGCAGGAAGAGAUGAAGAAAAAACGUGAGGAACUCAAAGAGAAACUGCGAGAAAAAGCCAAGGAGAGACGUGAGAAGGAGAUGCUUGUCCGCCGCGAACAAUCUCGCAGAUACGAGGAUCAGGAGAUCGAAGGCGGCAAGGCCCUGCCGACUUUCAAGCUUGUAGACAUGCCGGAGGGGUUGCCCAACACCCUGUUUGGUGAUGUGGCUAUGGUCGUGGACUUCCUUCAUUGCUAUGCAGGGCUGCUGAUGCCGGAUGACCAGUAUCCCAUCACAGCAGUGGCUCUAAUGGAAGCACUGGCUGGGGAACGGUCCGGCUUCCUCUACCUGAACCGAGUGCUGGUGGUGCUGCUUCAGACGCUGCUACAGGAUGAGCUGGCAGAAGGCUACAGCGAGCUGGACAUGCCCUUAUCGGAGAUCCCCCUUACCAUGCACUCUGUGUCCGAGCUGGCCCGACUGUGCCUGCGACCGUGCGAUGCGCACGGCGAGGAGAGCGGCCAGGGCUCAGAGGACUCAGGGGGUUUGGGGGGCUUCGAUGACGUGGUGACCAGUGAGUUCUUGGAUAAGCUUGAGACAAUCGAGGUGUUUGAGCUGAGCCCAGAGGAAAAGGUCAACCUGCUGGUGGCACUGUGCCACCGCAUACUCAUGACGUACUCGGUUGAAGACCACGUUGAUGCAAGGCAGCAACGGUCUGCUGAGCUGUGGAAGGAGCGUCUGGCAAUGAUGAAAGAGGUCAAUGACCGCAAGAAGGCAGAGAGGAAGAAGCGAAAGGAGAUGGAGGGCAAAGGUGAGAAAAAGAAAGAGGGCAGUGCUAAGAAGGAGAUCAAAAAGGAAGUAAAGGUGGAGCCAGAGCCAGAGCCGGAAGACAUGAUUAGCUCGGUGAAGAGCCGGCGGCUGAUGGCCAUGCAGGCCAAGAAGGAAAAGGAGGAGAUGGACAGACAGAACAAAGAGCGCAUGGAGAAGGAGGCUGAAGAGGAGCGGAUACGUAGACAGAGGGCUGCCGCAGAAAGGGCCUUUCAGGAUGGUAUAACCAAAGCCAGACUUGUCAUGCGCAGGACCCCACUGGGUACUGACAGAAAUCAUAACAGAUACUGGCUUUUCUCUGAUGUGGUUCCUGGGCUGUACAUUGAGAAAGGCUGGGUGCACGAAAGCAUCGACUACAGCUUCACCCCUCCACCCGAGGACAAACCGGCCGAGCCCGAGGUAGAAGAGGAAGAAGAUGGUGGCUCUGCUGCUACUAAUGAUUCACAAGGAGCUGAAAAGGAUGAUGGCAGCAUAGAUGGUGCUAUUAGUGAGGGGGCCCAGCAGGGGGGAGCAGCAGCAGACAUCUGUAUCGAAACUACUGUUCCCAAGCAGGGACAGAACCUCUGGUUCAUAUGUGACAGCCCAGCUGAGCUGGAGGAACUUGUGGAAAAUCUUCAUUCUCAGGGUGUUCGAGAGAGUGAGCUGAAGGGGAAGAUACAAAGCAGAUACCAGGAUAUCCUUCACUCCAUCCACCUGACCCGGAAGGGUAAAUUGGGCCUCAGGACCUGUGAUGGCUACGCAGAGCUGCUCAACUACCUGCGCAGUGACAUCCAGGAGGUAGCCUCGCGACUCCAGAAGGGAGGUCUGGGAUACUUGGAUGACAACAUAGACAUCGAAGAUCAGUUGAAAGACAUGGAGAACUUGAAAGACUUUGGCGAAUGCAUCAUCACUAUUCAGGCCUGUGUAAUCAAGAAGUUCCUCCAGGGAUUCAUGGCCCCCAAGCAGAAGAAGAAGAAAAGGCAAGGAGGGGAAGAAAGCAGCAAGGCUGAGGAAGUGGACGAGGAGAAGAGGCUGGCAGAAGAGGCCAGGGUAGCGACAGCGGUAGAGAAGUGGAAGACUGCUAUCCGAGAGGCCCAGACCUUUUCCCGCAUGCACGUCCUGCUGGGAAUGUUGGACGCCUGCAUAAAGUGGGACAUGUCUGCGGAGAACGCUCGCUGCAAAGUCUGUCGCAGGAAAGGUGAUGACGAGAAACUCAUCCUCUGUGAUGAAUGCAAUAAGGCCUUCCACCUGUUCUGUCUCCGACCGGCACUGUACCGGAUUCCUGUCGGAGAGUGGCUGUGUCCGGCCUGCCAGCCCACUGUGGCCAGACGUGGCUCCCGCUCAAGGAACUACAACCAAGACACAGAUGAAGAAGAGGAUGAGGAGGAGUCAGAAGAGGAGGACUCUGAGGAAGAUGAGGAGGAUGAGGAAGAGAAUGACUACAAAGCCAUGGGGCACAGCUUGAGACCGAGGAAGAAAAAUAAGCAGUCCUCAUCUCGACAGAAAAGUUCAAAAAGUAAAACCAAGAAGCAGUCAUCAUCAAGUAGUCAGAGCAGCAAACAGAGGACUGGACCCAACAGCCCGGCAGACAUCGAUGAACUGGUGCGACAGAGUUCCCAGUCAGGAGUGCGCAGACAGGUCCUGGAGCUGGAGAGAUGUGAGGACAUCCUCAAGAAACUGAUGAAAUUCCGCUACAGCUGGCCUUUCAGGGAGCCCGUGUCCUCUGAGGAGGCAGAGGACUACCUGGACAUCAUCUCCCAGCCCAUGGAUUUCCAGACGAUGCUGGGAAAGUUCAGCCAGAGCUCGUAUCGUCACGCCCAGGACUUCCUGGAAGACAUCAAACUGGUCUUCUCCAACGCAGAGGAGUACAACCAGCAGGGCAGCACCGUGCUCUCCUGCAUGGUCAAGACGGAGCAGACGUUCACUGAACUGCUCCAAAAGCUGCUGCCUGGUCUCAGCUACCUCCGCCGGCGCUCACGCAAACGCGUCAGCCGAGCCCCCGUCACGUCUGAGGAAGAGGACGAGGAUGAAGAGGAGGAGAACGAAGAGCAGGAAGAGGAACCGAAGAAGAAGAUGCAGAAUGGCAAAUCGAACAGGAAGAAAGCCAGAAACGGGCGGGGACGGAGGGAUGAGGAGAGCGAGAGUGAGGAGGAGGACGAAGAUGAGGACGAGGAUGAGGAUGGUGAUAAUAACGGCAGGAGGAGAAGUAAGCGGACCUCUGCCACCUCAGGCAAGAAGGAUUACAGGGAGCAGGAUAGCGAUGGCGAGCGGGACACACGGAGAACUCGUCAGCGGGGGGGCCGGAGCGACGCUGGGGGGGCGAGCAGCGACGAGGACCAGUCCAGCCAGCAGCGACAUUCCAAGAGACAGAAACGCUCAUGAAGUCCAGGGUGUUUUUUUAAUUUUUAUUUUUUUUGGCAUCUCUCUUUGCUUUAAAAUUUUUGUCCUGCUCCUCAAAAAAAUGAUCGCGAGCCCUUCAUCUCCUCCUCCUCCUCCUCCUCCUCCUCCUCCUCCAGCCAGCGGGACUUAAUUCUCAGAAGGACUUUUUUUUUGUUAUUGAAUUUCUGUUCAUAUUUUGAAAAACAAAAAGCAAACUGAUUUAUAUUUGUAACAUGUUUAAUAUUGGUGAUGCUUCAUUUUUUUUUUUGUUUUUGUUUUGUUUUGUUUUGUUUUUUCAACCAAGAAAAACAAGACAUUUGAGAUAAUGGAGAGAUCCUCAAAGCUCUUAAGAUUCUUUGAUUUGAAGUUCAGUUCCAAAUUGUCAACCUUACACCACCAGUGUGAUAUGAUUUCAUGUCCCGUGAACUGCUUUGUUUUUACAUUUGCGCAUUGUGUAAUCAAAGGUCUGUUUGUUGUUUGUGACUCAUAGUCCAGCCAUCACUUUACAGGGGGGGAUUUCAGCAGAAGUAAAAUCAGUCUGGAAAAUGUUUGUCCUACUCACAUCUCUGUCACAAGUAGUUGUUUUCACUGAGUUAAUCAAGUACAUCUUGUCAAAGAGAUGGUGUUCAUGUAGCUGAAACCUUGUAGGACGCCUUUCUUUGCUUAAAGACAGUGCUGAUGGCUGAUAGGAAGUUUUCCCCGUCACCUGUAAAUCUCUUACUUCUAAGCAUUGUGACACCAUUGGUCAAAUGCAAGUCUAUAGAUAAACAUGAUAGAAUUUUACUAGUUGUAGUAUUUUUUUUUUUUUUGUUUUUGAAUUUUUUCCCCAGCCCAGGUUGAGCUGUGUUGUCAAAAGCUGGGUCGAGACUGCAGAUCACACAUGGAGUCGUAUCAGUUUAGUGCUAAAAAAAUGACUUUCAUCUCAGCUCUUGGUGCCAAGACCCGACUUGGAGUCUCCUUCUUGGCUUGCAGAGCUGACCAGCCUUUCCUCCUCUGUAGUGCCCUGCCACUUUAAAAGAACCGGUACCUCAAUGCUCCGUCAGUUUGCACUCCUUCUGUGUAAAGUGCACCUAUUAUGCCAGCAGCUGCAGGACCACACUUUAUUGAAAUGAUCUGCAUAUACAUUUGUAAACAGUGUUUAAAAAAACAAAUGUGACAUUUGGUAAGAAAAUGGGCAUUUUUGAAUAUUUGAUAUUUUUUGCACAUUUUAUUUGGUAUUGUAAAUGAUAACUUGUUUGUGGAUCUUAAUCCCAGCCAAUGAAUUGCAAAGGUUUAUCCAGGGCUCUUAGUCGAUGCAGAGAACAUGGCAGAGUUGUUUUACAUUUGUCACAGCAGAAACAGUUGAAGUGGUCACUCGGUGGAUCCAGCGACACAAACGUGGGCGAACUGGCUCCGCAGAGGCAAACGAGGGUUUCCCCUGCAUGUCCUGGUUCCAUCACUGGGUGGUGCUCUACUCCUGCACUUUGGGUAGUUAUGUCCCAGCAUUUUCCAAGUGAUUCAGUGACGGUGCUGUUAGCGGGACUGGUGCAGCACCUGACUCCCACUGCUCUGUGCGCUCAGGACGGGGGGGGCUUCGUAGUGCUGGUGGGUUUUGGCUCUUCAACUUGUUUUGUAAUAACUUUUACACACUGCGCAGGAGAACUGCUGCAGCAAAUCGAUUUAAUUUUCAGACACACCACCCGCUUAACGGAAACCUUUUGAAUGUGCAGCAGUUCCUGCAGUUUGGCGAGGUUGCCAGCAACAUAUAUGUAUAUGUGUACAUAUAUAUACUGAUGAGGCAGUGGUUGGUUUUCCCUCUUCUGUCUGUAUUGUGCUGUGCUGUUUUCCUGUGUUUCUCUCGUGCUGUUCAUCAAGACGUUACUGGUUUAAUUUGGCCACUGAUUUUUUUUUCCCCCCUGGUCCGUUCUGUUUGUUUUAAAUUUGGCUUUGUCCCUGACACGAUUAACAGUUAUUAAAAAUAAUCAGCUAUAAUUGUUUGACAUUUCAACAAACAAAAAGGUGACUGCCCUUCUCAAGUUUACUGUAAAUGCUUUCUUUGUUCUUGGAGGAACUGCAAAAGUCUUUUACACUUCCUUUUUUAUAUAUAUAUAUUUAUAGUCUCUAAAGCUGGGUUUGGGCAAGUUCGCAGGAUUCACAUGUUAAGAAUUUCCAAUAAAGGUUAUGGACGAA